AUGGAAGACGUAAACCUAAAUGACCAAGUUAUGGUCUAUGGUUUCAAAGGUGUUGUAAAAUAUAUUGGCAAAAAGGAGUAUAUUAAAAGGCCGAAUGGAAAUGUAGUAAACCAACUAGUCGGUGUUGAGCUUGUAAAAAAGUUACCUCAGUGUACUAAUGGAAAUCUCAAUGGAACAAAUCUGUUCAAAUCUAAUGAUGAAACUGCCAUAUUCAUCCCUUUAGAAUCAUUGAAACCCUAUGAUGAAAAGGAAGCUGCCUCAAUCAGAAUACAGGCGACAGUGAGAAUGUUUCUAGCAAGGGCUAACUAUAUUAAGACCAUGUCGUUCCUUUUCUGGAACCAUAUGGAAAACCUACAGGAGUUCAGAACACUUGAAUCUAAAAAGAAUGUUUUAUUGCCCAUUAUCGAACGUUUGAAAUACCAUUAUUCAAAAAAGGAUUCUUAUCUGAUCAAAUCAGGAAUUCUGAGAAGAAGAUUUUCUGAUCAGACUUUCGAGUUUGAAAGGAAAAAUUAUCCACCAUCAGAUUAUAACGGGCCUAAACUGGGUAAGGUUGUAACCCUCAAAUUUGCCCAUGAAUUAUUGGAUAUGUACAAAUCCGGAGCUAACAAUAAUGACGAAGGUGUUAUCAACCACAUUGAUAUACCUACACACGAGAACAGCAACCUCAUCAUAGUGGGAGACCUUCACGGCCAGCUCAAUGAUUUAUUAUGGAUAUUUUAUAAAUUCGGACCGCCAUCCAGGAGAAAUGUAUACUUAUUUAACGGGGAUAUUGCAGAUAGAGGCACCUUUGCGUCCAAUAUAUUUCUACUCUUGUUUGCAUUUAAAUUGGCCGAACCCACUUCUGUCAUAAUUAACAGGGGUAAUCAUGAAUCUGACGAUAUGAAUGAGACUUACGGGUUCACUAGUGAGGUUAAAUUAAAGUACGAUGGGCACAUUUACAAUUUAUUCCAGAAAAUUUUUUGGGAGCUCCCACUAGUCAUAAUCAUAGAGAAGAGAAUUAUAGUUGUUCAUGGGGGACUUUUCAGAGAGACUAACGUAACUUUGGAUGAACUUAAUCGUGUUAAUCGUAAGAGGACUUGUCCAGCAACUCCUGAUAAACGAGAAGAUAGCCUAAUGUUUGAUUUGCUAUGGUCCGACCCACAACGAGCAAAAGGAAUAAGCUCAAGUAGCAGGGGUGCAGGCUGCAUAAGAUUCGGUCCCGACGUCACAGAAAAAUUCCUAAAACUGAAUAAUUUGGAAAUUUGUAUUAGAUCACACCAAGUGCCUGACACUCUCAGAGGUAUAGAUAUUCUCCACAAUGGGAAAUGUGUUACUUUGUUCUCAGCCUCUAACUACUGUCAAACUACCCACAACACUGGAGCUAUUUUGAUUUUCACACAAGGUUUAAAGUUUGAAGCCCACGAAUUCAUAUCACCCUCACUUGAAUCCAUCCACUCUCUAGAGAAUAGUACAAACAAAGUAACCCAAAAGCUACUGGAGUCCAGUGUCUUUGGAAAGAUGGAAAUUGAUGAAAAAAACAAAAAAAGGAAACCAAUUUCAGAAAAUUGUACCAACGACGUGAUGAUGAAAAUCUGUGAACUAAUUUGUGAGCACAAGCAGAAAUUAUGGCUGAACUGCUACAAACACGACAAGAACAAAAAUGGAACAAUUUCAGCCGAGGCCUGGAGGAAUGCUCUCGACGACUUGGCCAAGACCACAAUACCUUCACUCUUCAGCAUCAGUCAGCUUAAUGCUGUAGAUGAAAAUACCGGUCUUGUCCACUAUAACGAAGUCUUAAAAAACAUUGUCAUAGGUUUCGAUCCUGUUAGACACGACCAUCAGCACUUGAGAAGAGAAUGCAUUUCACACAUCUUUGACACUAUGGUUAAAUCAGACUUGAACUUGAGGGAGUUAUUGAUGAUUUUUGAUAGAAACUUGGACGGAUCAGUUUCAUAUUCUGAGCUUGACGACGCCAUCAGAAAGUUAAGCAUUGGAUUAUCAUAUCCCCAGAUUAAGAUUUUAAUUAGAACCAUAUUCUCUAGUUGUCUCGACGGCACUAGUCAGGGCAAGGCUGACAUUGUAGAAUUCUUGAGUAAGCUAAAGGUAAUAUACUCAGCCUCAAUCAAGUAUCAUCCAACUGAGGAAUGGAUGGAGAAAGCUCUUCCGUCGAUUGGUCGUCUGAUUUUGUCAAACAGAGUUGAAUCUGCCCUUAAGUACUGUAACCCUAAUAAUAAAGUUGAAAAUCUGGAACAAGAAAGGAAGGAGAUUAACAGGAGAAGGUCCUCUGCUAUCAGAGCAUUUGCACUCUUUCAGAAGUUCCAGGAGUAUGAUAAGGCUGGAGAAGGGCUACUCUCCUAUGAUGACUUCGUCAAGGCUUUAAAGUCACUAGAUCUCUCCAAAGCUGAAGAGGAAAUAGGUGUACAACUCACUGACCAUCAUUUGACUGAGUUGGCCAGGAUGAUAGACUUUACAAACUCACAGAAAAUUAAUUACUUGGAAUUCCUACAGGCAUUCUACGUUGUCGAUGAGAGCAAAUACUCCGUAGUUGACGAGAUGUGGAAUCACAUAUGCGCUACGAUGUACAAUCAUAAAAAUAGCCUUAAAAGGGCGUUUAGCCAUUACGAUAAGGAACACGUAGGGAAGGUCUACGUGAAUGAAUUCAAAGAAGUUCUUUACGUACUGAAUGAGAUUCUAGGAGGGCAAGAAGCACCUCUAACCGUGGAACAAACCGAGGUUUUAGUCGAAUGUAUAGACACUAAUGAAGAGGGAAUGAUUCUAUACGACGAGUUUUUGGAAUCAUUUAAACCAAUGUACACAUUAAAGAAAUAA